GAUAGCACAGUCAGCGAAAGAACAAACAGCGCGGCGGCAAUGCCUUUUACUAAUCUGUUGAACAGCAGAGAAAAGUCUACAUACGGAAUCUUCUUUCUUCAAAGGAAAAUUCGGAGACGAAACGAAGACACAAGGGGAAAACAAAGUCUCGAAGCUUUUCGAACUUUUCCUAGGGUUUCAAUUUGCAGAGAUCCCCUUUGUUUGCAAAAAAUCCCACCUUCAGAUCAGAUUUCAGCUUCAUUUCUCAAGAUUCAUCAGUGAUAAACUGGAUUGCUUUUUCUCGAAAUUUCGAUUUCGGAUUUGAGUUAGGAUGAGAUCGACUGUUUCGAAGCUCGGCUUUUUCGUAAUUUUGUUUGUCUUAAGCUGUGGACUUGGAAAUCGAGGAGUCGCCGGAUAUCCAUCGAAAGAGGAGGCUUAUGUUACUCUCCUUUACGGAGAUGAGUUUCUUCUCGGCGUUCGUGUUCUCGGGAGGUCGAUCCGGGACACGGGGUCUACCAAAGACAUGGUCGUUCUUGUAUCAGAUGGAGUUUCCGAUUAUGCCAAGAAGCUUCUUCAGGCUGAUGGUUGGAUUAUCGAACUUAUAAGUCUACUGGCCAACCCGAAUCAGAUACGCCCAAAGAGGUUUUGGGGAGUCUAUACCAAACUAAAAAUAUUUAACAUGACGAACUAUAAGAAAGUUGUGUAUCUUGAUGCAGAUACUAUUGUGCUCAAAAGUAUUGAAGACCUCUUUAAAUGUCGUAAAUUCUGUGCAAACUUGAAGCAUUCUGAAAGGUUGAAUUCUGGAGUUAUGGUAGUGGAGCCAUCUGAAUCAAUUUUCAAUGAUAUGAUGAGCAAAGUUAACACCUUACAUUCUUACACUGGAGGAGAUCAAGGUUUUCUGAAUUCAUAUUAUGUCGAAUUUCCAAAUGCACAUGUCUUUGAUCCGAAUCUAUCAUCGGAUGUGUUGAAUUCUAGACCAGUACCUGAAAUGGAACGACUCUCAACUCUAUACAAUGCAGAUGUUGGUCUAUAUAUGUUGGCCAAUAAGUGGAUGGUAGAUGAGGAAAAACUACGGGUUAUUCACUACACCCUCGGUCCCCUUAAACCAUGGGACUGGUGGACAGCUUGGCUCCUAAAACCUGUUGACCUCUGGCAGAAUGUUCGGGAAAGGCUCCAGGAAUCUCUGCCAGGAACUGGAGGUGGCAGGAACCCUAAUGAACAGCUUCUAGUCAAUUUUCUAUUUCUCCUUCCCAUAUGUGUCCUGUUUCUUUGUUAUUAUCGAUCCUUUCUUCAGCGCAGGGAUUUGUUUGGUGCUUUUGGUAGAAGCUCCAUAUGUGAUCAAGCUAGACAUCUUUACAACAAAUUCAAAUCUGGUGGCGGACUUGCUUCUUAUUCUGCUGUUAGUGUUGCCUCAUCAUCUAUCAUUAAUUCAAAUCAACAGUUCUCAAAUGUCACACAAUCUAAGCUACCUGCAUAUUUGGGUGCAAUCUCUGUGUUCGCUUGCUUCACCACUGUUGCGGCAUCCAUUGCACUUGCAUUCGCAGUUGUCCCUCGACAAGUGAUGCCAUGGACAGGGUUGCUGCUAAUGUAUGAGUGGAUAUUUGCAAGCUUUUUCAUAAUAUUUGGAAGAUAUCUCCAUUUGGUAUAUGAAUGGGGAAAGGCAACGGCAGCGCAAACAGGAGCAUUUUCAACCUACUCAGAAUCUUCUGAAUACAAUUCUGGAAAAGGUCAUCAACGCCAGGUUUCUACUUGUGACACUGCCACUUGGUUUUAUGGGUUAGGCAUGGCAUUUCUAGCUGUUGCUGCUCCUUCACUGCCAUGUCUUUUUGGGAUCACUGCACUGUUUGCAAGGUUAGGUCUGAUGGUUAUAGGAGGGCUAGUUUUGGCAUCUUUCAUGACAUAUGCUUCUGAGCAUCUUGCUGUCAGGGCCUUCGUGAGAGGCCGUGAAGAUCGUGAUCAACCAUCGAGUAGAAACGUCUGCUUUUUAUGUUGAUCGACCACUUUGUAUCAAUAAUGUAAACUGCGAGCAUCCCUUGUUUGUAAUUUAGUUAUUGAUUUUCUACA